AUCUGUAUUUGACACAGCAUGAGAAAGACAGGACAACAGCAGAAUUCCAGGAUGCGGAAGCAGCUAUAGGAAGGAGUGGCCUUCAGUGACUUCAGAAUGUUGCUGUUAUAUACCUUGAUCUUCUUCCGUCUCCUGUUACCGUCACACGGAGGUCGACCUCAGCUGAUCGGCUCAUCUCAGCCAAUAGUGGCAACGGUUGGUGAUGACAUCAUUCUGCCAUGCCACCUGGAACCUGCCACGGAUGCUUCUGACAUGAGGUUGGAGUGGGCGAGACCUGACCUGAGCCCCGGGUUCAUACACGUGAUGGCGGCGGGUCGAGAACACGUCGAUGACAAACAGCCGUCUUACAGAGGAAGAACUUCAAUAUUCGUCGACAAACUGAAGCACGGAGAUGUUUCACUGAACCUCUCUGAAGUAAAAGUGUCGGACGAGGGAACGUACAGAUGUCUCGCUCCCUCACUGGGUCGAGCCACUUUCAUUAAGCUUGUUGUUGUCGCUGCCUCCUCACCUGAUAUCACCGUGAUGAACAGAGCCAGUCUCAGAGUGGUUCUGCAGUGCGAGUCUGAAGGCUGGUAUCCAGAGCCUGAGGUGUUGUGGCUGGACGGUGAAGGAAUCCUCCUCUCUGCUGGACCUCCAGAGACAGUCAGAGGUCCUGAUGAACUCUAUACUGUCAGCAGCAGAGUGACUGUGGAGAAGACACACAGCAGCAGAUUCACCUGUAGACUCCAACAGAAGAACACCAACCAGACCAGAGAGGCACACAUCCAUCUGCCAGUCCUGUCUAGGUAUGUGAAACUUCUCCUGGCUCCAGGCUUGCUCAGUGUCUUGGUGUGUUUUGGAUUCAUAGUACAUGGAUGGCCGAAAAGCCGGGAGGCGGACUGUCGACAUUUAACUGAGGUGAAAACACAGGAGACUGACGAGCAAGAAACAGCAGGGGCAGAAAACCCUUCAAGCUCCAACAUGACAAGAACCUCAGGCCAGGAGUAAGAACUGUAAAUCAACAGGUGUUUAUUGUAUUGUUGCAGCAGGCACAGUUACCACAGCGAUACAUGUCAUAGUUGCCAGUUGUGGUUGCUCUGCUGAACGAGAAAAGGGGGCGGGGAUUUACAGAAAUCCUUCAAAGAUGGUUCUGCCUGAAGCACAUGCCAGGUUCUCUUGAGUGUCUCUUUAAUUUGUAAAGCGCAAUGAUUGUAUUCUGUAGAAAAACAGGAAACAAGUUUGAUUUUUUUUGUCUUUUAAGCAUUAGAUAAGAGAUCAGAACGAGAGGUGGCGUUUGCACGUUGCAUGGCUCUCUGGAUAGAGUUGGAGGCGUAACCUCUUUCCUUGGAUUGAGUAGCCAUUGUGUUUGUUUGGCAGUGAAAGGAGCAAUUGUGUUUUAGCCUCAAGAACUGACCAACUGGGAUAUUGUCCUUUAGAUGUUUGGUAUGAUUGCUAGCAGCAUGCUGUAUAUAGAGGUUUGAAUAGCUCCAGUUUCAUCUUUGUGUAUGGUUAAGUCUAAGUUAUUGAUUUUGUUAGUGCUGAAUUCACAGGCGAAUUUCAGGAAACUUGAGCUGUUGAGCUAGCCCUGCGAUAGUCUGGCGACCUGUCCAGGGUGUACCCCGCCUUCACCCAAUGUCAGCUGGGACCGGCUCACAGCUGAAUGAAUUACUAAGAGCUAAUGGAAAAAGAACGAUUAUUGCAGUCGAUGCCACUGGAUUCACACUUACUUUGUCAUUGCGAGCAACAAAUAUUGGCCCUUAAGUAUAGCCACAGAGCUGCUAGCGUAGCUGUAGACUCUCAGGGGCAAAUUCACUAAAAAAUUGCGCGGCUUUUGUGGCCGUUAAACCUGCUCAAAUGAGACAAAAAGAAAUUCUCAAAGCAACCGUAAAGGGAGGAAUGCACCCAUAACUGCACUGCUCCUGUGCUAUUUGCACAUAUUGAGAUGCAUACAUUUUUCACCAAAAUUGGACCCUUUCUUGCAAAAACAGUCCAAUUCACAAAGAUAAGCGCUAAUAGCCACAUGCAAUUUAUGAAAUUAUUAGCCUUUUCAGAGAGUUAUACUGACAGACUGGGAUAUUAAAUCCCAACUACACUUAUACUGACAGACCGGGAUGGAUAACAGCAAUCAGACACAACGAAGGGUACAUUUUGCACUCAGCUGCAAAACUUAAUGGGUGUGUUUGCGCUGUAAUUUGCACAAUAUCUUUUGUGAAUUGGACCUUGAAACGGGGCAGAUAGCCGUUGAAAGUGAUUCAUGGUGCUACCAGAGGCCGCAAUCCAUUUUUUGUGAAUUUUCCCAGCAGUCAGAGAUACAGGAGCUUUUGAACAAGUCUAAUAUGAAUUAGUCUGAAAUACUGAAUUACUUAAAUAUGCAAACAUACCAUUUCAUGUAUAUAUAUUAAAGUGAAACAAAAAAAUGAUGUAAUUAUAUGUACAAAAUGUAAAUUGUAAAUACUGCACAUUAACUUUAUACAAUAACAUAUUAUCAGUAUAGUAUUAUUCCAGCACUGAUAUUCUGUCUUGCACUAUUGUAGUAACCUUUAUAAAGAUAGUUUGUUGUCUAACUCUUGCCUGGACAUCAUAGCUAUAUGUUUGUUACUAGUUUGCAUAUAUUUGUUAAGUUUCAUAUCUUUGUUUAACUGUAUGUCCGUAUCAUUUGUCCUCAGCACUGUUUUUACUUGUAAUGAGAGAUUGUAUGUGUCCACACAGUUUGUCAAUUAAGCUGAUUCUGAAGUUAAUAGGUACUUUCACCUCGUACAAUUGCUUCUUGAAUGUACUAUUGUUAUAAUGCACUGAACAAAAAAAACUUGUAUUCAUCAUUAAUUACUGUGACAUAAUAAAGUUUAAAGUUUACCUGAG